GUAUAAGAACGGUAAGAGUUCCUCUCUCCAUCCAAAGCGCCGAGGCAUGUCACACUCACACUUCAUGCCAAUGGAUUUUGCACACCCAAGACAAGUUUCCGGAAAACCCUAACUUAUUUUUCGCCAUCCAAUAUCAAUAAAUACGUCUGAAAUUGGAUUGGGUAAUAACAAUCUUCCAAUUUAACGAUUAAGUGGAGACAAAUGGAGUCUGACGAAGAUGAUUUUGUUUUCUAUGGAACACCGAUAGAGCGUGAGGACGAUGUAAUCAGUCGCAAGAAGAAGGCCAUUGCCGAGUCCUCCGGUCAACUUCGAACUCUUCCAGCUUGGAAGCAAGAGGUUAGAGAUGACGAAGGGCGGAGAAGAUUCCAUGGAGCAUUUACAGGAGGCUAUUCUGCUGGUUACUAUAAUACAGUGGGCUCAAAAGAAGGGUGGGCACCCCAGUCAUUUAAAUCAUCCAGGAAGAACAGAGCAGAAAUCAAAGAGCAGAAUAUACUGAAUUUUCUAGAUGAAGACGAGAAAUCUGAAUUGGAAGGUCGUUUUUUGGGGACUACUUCACAGUUUGAUACAUUUGGUUUUACAGCUGCUGAAAUUGCUCGCAAACAAGCUGAGACGGAACAGAAACAGAGACCAUCCGUAAUACCUGGACCUGCUCCUGAUGAAAUAGUUGUUCCGGCCAAUGAGUCUAUAGGGGUAAAACUGCUCUUAAAGAUGGGGUGGAGUCGUGGCCGCACCAUCAAGGAUUCACAUUCUGAUGCAUUGUAUGAUGCCAGAAGACAGGCACGCAGAGCUUUCUUAGCAUUUUCUUCUGAUGAUCCAAAAGUGAAGGUAUCAGAGUCUGAGUCUGUCCAGGGUGAUAUUGAAAAUUUUCCUGAGGAGCCUGUGAAUGACGAUGCUCAGAUUUCUAAGAGCACACCGGUUUAUGUACUCAACCCAAAGCAAGAUCUUCAUGGAUUAGGUUUUGAUCCUUACAAGCAUGCUCCGGAGUUUAGAGAGAAAAAAAGAUCACGCUUAGCCAACAAGGGGGGACUUGGGUUCUCGAGAGAUAGUCUUUUUGGUUUGAAGUCAGGAAAGGCUGCCCCCGGUUUUGGCAUUGGAGCUCUGGAGGAGCUUGAUGCUGAGGAUGAGGAUGUCUAUGCCACUGGUUACGAAUUUGAAGAUGCUUAUGUUCAAGAAGUAGAAGAACCUUCAACAUUGAGAUUAGAAAAUCCGACAAAGAAAGAGCCGAAGGACCAGGGUGAUCUGCCUGGUUUCAGAGUUGCAUCCAAUUCUGACUAUAAAAUGGAAAGAUUUGAGGCUCCUCUGAUUCCUAAGGAUUUUGUGCCCCACCACAAAUUUUCUGGACCACUUGACCUUAACCGCAAGAGCUAUGAAGUUACUCCACCGGACACUCCUCCUCCAGAGGAUGGCAAUUUAAAAUUAUUAAUUGAAGGGGUUGCUAAUCUGGUAGCUAAAUGUGGAAAAUUAUAUGAGGAUUUAUCUAGAGAAAAGAAUCAAUCAAAUCCACUGUUUAGUUUUCUUUCUGGAGGAACUGGCCAUGAAUAUUAUGCUAGGAAAUUGUGGGAGGCACAGCAGAAACACAAUGAUCAGACUAGUCAGCAGUUGGAUGGAAAAAUGACUCCUGGUUUGAAUAAGCUAACAGCUGAGAGCCGAGGCCAGAUCUUAGGGGAAAAACCUUUAGAAAAAAGCUCCCAAGGUCCAUCCUCAUUUGUUGCGUCGACAGAUAUUCAACUCCAAUUUAAUCUUACUGAUACAUUUACCAAGUCUACAUCAGUUAGUGAGUUGAUGAAUGUAGAAAAGCCUUUCAAAGAUGAUCCAGCAAAGCAAGAAAGAUUUGAGCAGUUCCUUAAGGAGAAAUAUAAAGGGGGAUUGCGCUCUGCAAGUUCUAGUUUAGCUAGUGAUAUGUCGGAGGCUGCUCGUGCUCAAGAAAGACUGAGUUUUGAGGCUGCAGCUGAGGCAAUAGAAAAGGGACGACAGGGCAGGGGAAGCAAGCCUUUAACUCCAUCUGCCAUGGAUUUCAUCCCAGGUGGUGUCAAGCAGUUUACUUCUGGUGAAUUAGAGCCAAAAACAAACCUGCAAGCUGAUGAUAUUUUGAGGAAAAAAACGUACCCUAAGAGGGAAGAGUUUCAAUGGCGCCCUUCACCUCUUCUGUGCAAACGCUUUGAUUUGAUUGAUCCUUAUAUGGGGAAGCCACCACCUGCUCCACGGAUUAGAAGUAAAAUGGAUUCCUUGAUUUUUACAUCAGAUUCAGUCAAAGGUAUCAAAAUGGACGACCCUGUUACAUCAAAGAAAGAAAUCUCACCUUUGCAACAAUAUACUACUGAAGACAUAACCAAAAAUAUCACUGAAAAUGAACCUGAAGGGGACGUGGAAGUUGAAAAUAUUGAAAGGCCAGUUGACUUGUAUAAGGCUAUUUUCUCCGAUGAUUCAGAUGAUGAAGGGGGAGAUUCUGGUAUUGGGAGAGUGGAUAAUCAAGAAAAGAAAGCUGAAGUAGCUAAUACAGCUUUGAGCCGAUUGAUUGCAGGUGAUUUUCUGGAAUCAUUGGGCAAGGAACUAGGUAUUGAGGUUCCUCCUGAUAUGCCUUACCCCACACAGAAGUCCAAGAACAUUGCACCUCAGAAAGAACUUGUUAAUGAAGAUACAAGAAUUGAAACCCUCGACAGUCAAAAUAAUGAAGAGAUAUCUUUAAAUCAUGAUUUGCGAUAUGGUCAGCAUAUUGCUCAUGAGGGUGGUCUAUCAAAAGGUGGCACUAUUCAUGGAAAUAACCGUGAGAACAGUAAUGUGAAAACCAAGGGAGCCAGUACCAUGAGCUAUAAACCCGGCAACCAUGACUAUAGCAGCAGUUCAGAAGAAGAAAAAGGCAGAAAGCGAUCUAGUAGGGAAAAAUAUGAUGAGCACAGGAAGCUUAAAACCCCUGUAACACACCGCCGAGAUUAUAGUAGCAGUUCUUCAUUAGAAGAGGAAAAGAGCAGAAAACGUUCUAGACAUCAUCGACAUAAGAGGCGUGAUGCAGGAAGUGAUUCAUCCAGUGAUGACGAAAGAAGAGAUAGACACAGUUCAAGGUCAAAAGAAAAGAAAGGUUCCUCCCGAGAAAAAAGCAGAAGUGAAAAACACUCAAAACACCGCAAACACAGAAAGCAUGAAUCUCCAGAUAGACACUCUCGUUAUAGCAAUGAGAAGGACAAUUCACGUUCCAGAAGUGAGAAAAAGCGGAGGGAAUGAGCGAGACUUGUUUCCUUUGUUUUUGAGAACUUUUUAGAACUAUGUUGGUGGAUAAUUGCUGUGUUAGAAGAUAUUAUUAGGUUUUGGGGGUGAUGGUGUUGCGAUGCACUCUAUGGAUUUCAUUUGCUUCUCAAGUCUCUUGCAUAUUCUUCACUGGUUUGAAGUAAUGCUGCUUAUUUAAUACCCCCACCUUAUCCUUUAUUGGAUACGAUGAACCGGAAUUGGCACCUGAUCAUCUAUAUCAAAUAUUAGAGACUCUGUAAUCGAAAAAAAUAAAUAAAUUGGAAGUUGAGG